AUGUUCACCGGUUGGAUGAAGUGUAAUGAAAUUAACAAAGAAGCUAGGAAACUUACAUAUGUUGAAUUUCCUACAAAAUUUGUUUGGAAAUCUAAUCUUCUUAUUUGGAAGCCAAGGGAAAUUGGAUAUGCAAUUGGUAGAAUUCAUUCAGUUUCACCUAAGCUAGGCGAAGCAUAUUUCUUAAGGAUUCUUUUAAAUAAAGUUAAAGGUCCAAAAUCAUUUGAAGAAAUUUGCACAGUCAAUGGUGAAAUAUGUUCUACUUUCAAAGAUGCAUGCUAUAAUCUAGGCCUUUUGGAUGAUGACAAAGAAUACAUCGAUGCAAUUAAGGAAGCAAGUCUUUCUGGAUCUGGUUUUUAUCUACGAUUCUUAUUUGCUACGAUGUUAUUGUCCAAUAGUUUGUCUAAACCAGAGAUUGUUUGGGAAAACACUUGGGAUAUCUUGUCAGAUGGAAUUCUUUACAAUCAACAAAGAUUAAAGUCUCCAGGUUUAUCAUUAAACGAAGAUCAACUUAAAAACUUGACUUUGUUUAAGAUAGAACAGAUUCUACUCCGUAACAAUUCCAGUCUUAAAAUAUAUACAAGGAUGCCUUACCCAGAUGCUGAUUCCGUUUCAUCUGCAAACAAUCGUCUUAUUAGUGAGGAGCUGGAUUAUGACAUACCAAUUUUAAAGAAUGAGUUUGAUCGGCUGUUUCUUGCAUUAACAAACGAACAACGCAAUAUUUUUAUUGAUAUCAUGGGUGCAGUUAAAGAUAAUAAGGGAGGUGUAUUCUUCGUUUAUGGUUAUGGUGGAACGGGUAAAACAUUUCUUUGGAAGACAAUUUCUGCAGCUAUUAGAGCCCAAGGUGAGAUUGUUUUAAAUGUUGCAUCAAGUGGGAUCGCUUCAUUAUUAUUGACUGGAGGCAGGACAACACACUCUAGGUUUAUAAUUCCACUAACUCUCAACGAAGAUUCUGUUUGUAGAAUAGAUCCAGAUAGUGAUCUCGCAAGUUUAGUAAGAAAAACCUCAUUGAUCAUUUGGGAUGAAGCACCCAUGGUUCAUUAA